CAGCUGCCACCCACUUCCUCAUCAGGACAGUACAAGAAUCUCAGAAAGAUGAGCUCAUGGGUCAAUCAUCGCCUGAGAAAAGAUUCGCAGACCAGAGUCAACCACAAAUCCGUAAGCGAUCCGGAAGCGCUUUCGCAUAGUCAGCUAGUGCCACUGAUCGACGUUGGGGGCCAAAACUGUGCCGCAGCACCGGCUACCAACAUGGCUAGCUCCUGCUUUGUUGCACACUCCGAUUGGCUGCAUGCUCUCCAAAUGAUUGACCACCAUGCAUAGAUCCAGCCCAUGCUUACAGGGUACGAGAUGAGAUAUUCUCGUUUGGGCCUGCGCAUGUCAGCGCGAUGAAAUAAUAUUGCUGAAGACCUCCGAGCUCUUCCUGCUCACUCUCCGCUCACCAAGCGCCCAAAAUGUCUCCAAACCUUCUCCACGCCCGUCAAGAACCCCAACCCCUCGCAACAACCCUCAUCCAACCCACCACCACACUCGCUCUAUCCACAACCUUCACACCUCCGGCAUCAUGCGCGCUCCCCUCACAAAUCAACAUCCUUCCUCCACCCGGCUACCUAAUCUGGUGGAACGAGCCUGUCCCAUACACAAGCAUGACCAUCAGCUCCUGUUACCCUCCCGAAUUUUUGACUUCCUACACUUCAAUCGCGCCAACCACAGCGCGUGCCCUCGGGUCCUCAAUAGUGCCAGCCAUGAGUCCCUUGGUCUGCCCCGAGAACUUCUGCACACAGUAUGUUGGAGACAACAACUACAUCGCGUGCUGUCCGAGCGGAUACAAAUUUGCGACAACGGGGACGCCGGUGAUGAGUAACCGGCCUGCGUAUGGUGGAAUCUGCUACACGGACAUACCGAUUAGUCAGGAGUUGACGGCGGUGAUGUACGACUCUACUGGUUCAGCGCACCAGGAGGUGUGGGCACCCAGUACGACUGGGGCGCAGGGGUGGGCGCAUCCUAUUGAUGGGUGGGCGGCGAGUAGCGCUGUGGUAGGAUGUACGGUCAAGCGUGCAACAUCGAGUGGUGGAACGAGUUCGUCUUCAGUAGCGACGUCUGAUGCCGUGAGUACCAUUGUGUCUUCGACGAAGGAGAAAGCGAGGAAGGCACCGGGCGGCGUGAUCGCUGGUGCUGUGCUGGGGGCACUUGUUGCGCUUGCUGCGAUUCUUGCGCUAGUUCUGUUUCUAUUGCGCCGGAGGAAGCGUGCGAAACAGGAUGUUGGCGGUGGAGAGCAGAUGUCGCAGAGUGAUGAUGGCACGCCCCAUCAGGUGGAGGGCGCGCAGAUCCACCAAAAAGAUGGGGACACUGCGCGUGUGGAGGUGCAUGCUGUCCCUUCUAUGGCCGAGCUGGACUCAAGCAGAGGCGGCGGCACUCAUGAAAUGGGGACAGGGCCGGAGCGUGUGUCUGAAUUGCCAGCUGGAAAUGAUGGGCGGGUGGACAAAAAGCAUGCUCUAUAGGCAACAAGAUGUAUGAAGAAGGUUCAUUGGCAUCGUUUAAGUAUCGGUGGGGUAAACGUGGGUAUCAUUGC